AGCAGCUUGAAGCGGAAAGCGCGAGUAUGUCUGCUGUCUGGAGGUAUUAUAAAGUUGAUGACAACAACAUUGCCAUAGCAAACUGUGAGAUAUGUAAACUUGGGAUUGCAAGAGGUGGAAAGGAAAAGGCUACAUUUAACACAACAAACCUAAUACGGCACCUCAAAAACAAACACCCGACACAAUACAGCGAGUUUACCCAGGCAACCCAGCCGAAGACGAGUCAGCUCACGCUGCAGGAGAGUUUGAAGAGAAGAGAAAAAAUGCCCCGUGACAGCGCGAAGGCACAGGACAUCACAGCCAAGAUAGCACAAAUGAUCGCAAUGAGUGACCUGCCAUUCGCCUUUGUAGAGAACCCUGGAUUUCUUAUGCUUAUGGAGCACGUAGAACCUCGAUUUGAAAUGCCGUCUCGCCACUAUUUCACCGAGAAAGCUCUGCCAGCUCUUUAUAAGAAGAUUUCUGACAAACUACUUGUCCUGUUAUCAGAUGUACCCUAUGUUUCGUUCACCACAGACAUCUGGAGUUCAUCCGUAGCUCCCAUGUCUCUACUAAGCCUUACCGCACAGUGGAUUGACUCAAGUUUUGUUUUACGCCGUGCGAUCCUACAUGUACAGGAAUUUCGCGGAUCGCACACCGCAGAGCGCAUCCAGCAAUCGGUGGAAAAGAUGAUAAACAACUGGGGAAUUGACAAGCAACGGGUCCACGUAAUUUUGCGUGACAACGCGGCAAAUAUGAAGAAAGCUAUGAGGGAUAUGGGGGUGCCGAGUGUGGGCUGUGUCGCCCAUUCCUGUCAACUCUGUGUGCAUGAGGGCCUGCUGUCUCAGCGCAGCGUGACAGAGACCCUGGCCAACGCAAGGAAGAUUGUAGGCCAUUUUAAACACUCCCCGUUGGCCUACUCUCGACUAGAAGACAUACAGAUGGCCCUAAAUAUGGAUAUCAAGCGCCUACAGCAAGAUGUACAGACACGAUGGAACAGCAGCCUCUACAUGCUGCAGAGCCUACUGCAACAAAAACGUGCUCUUAGUGUCUUUGCAGCUGAGUGCACUCUACCAGCAACACUGACAGUUCACCAGUGGGAGCUGAUGAAUAAGACUGCUGAUCUGCUAUCCCCCUUUGAAGAGCUGACCAGGGAUGUGAGCAGGGAGACUGCAACUGCAGCUGAUGUGAUCCCUGCCAUAACAGUCCUCAGACGUGUUCUGUCUCGGGAGGAUGAUGAUGACCAGGGAAUAAAAACAAUGAAGAGGACUCUGCUGGAGGCAGUGCUUCAGCGCUUUGCUAAUGUUGAAACUGAGCCACUCUUCUACAUCGCCACUCUUCUAGAUCCCAGAUACAAAGAUGGGCAAGUAUAGUAAAAUUAAAAUGCACCUUUUGUACAUCAUGUUUAUAUAAAGUCAAGUCAUCACCAGACACCAGUAUUAAGCCAAUUUAUUUUUUACUUCCUUUUUAAUUUAGUUUUGGGUAAUUUAGUUCUAAGGUUAGAUUUUUUUUUAUUGUUUAAUAACUGAGUACAUGUGUAGGCAGUUGCCUAACUGAAGAGCUGUGCUAUGUGGUGUCUCUUGUCUUAUUGUUUUGAAUUGUGUGUUACUUUUAUCUGUUUCUAGCUUUUUCACAAUGUCAGCCAACCUGUUGCUUGCAAAGGAACACCUUAUCCAGGAGGUGGCAAAGACAGAGGGAAGGAGGGCUGUCAGUGUAGUGCCAGAGGAAAAUGAGGCUGCAGCAGAGCCAGUGAGCAAGGCACCACAUCAUGAAGCAUGUAGCAGCCUGGACAUCGCCUUUGAGGAAAUCUUACAAGAGAGGCAGUCACAGGGAUGGUCCGUGAGUACCACAUCAGCAGAAACUCAAGUGCAGACCUACCUCUCAGAAAAAAACACCCCUAAGAAAAGCGACCCACUUCAGUACUGGAAAGAACAUGCUAAUCAGUUUCCCUCUAUGGCUGCUGUUGCAACCCAGUAUCUCAGUGCCCCCUGCAGCUCUGUGGACAGUGAGAGACUUUUUAGUGCCGUUGCAAACGUCCUUGAUGAGAACAGAAACAGGCUCAAACCUGACAAUGUAGAGAUGUUAGUUUUCAUUAAGAAAAACAUACAUUUCCUUCUGUGAAACGUACUACUGUGAUGACAGUUAGGAGUGCAGUUCCUAAAAGCACAUUACUGUCUUUGCAAACACUGUGGCACUUUUAUUUUUUUUUAUUUGUUUACAUGCCUGCCAGGUAUUUUAAGUUGAGGUGCUAUUUGUUUUUAUAUUAGACUUUUUUUUAUAUUUACUGUUGCACUAAUCCAAAAGUGAAGAAUUUAUGUUAUUUAUUACUUGAUUGUUCAAGCUACCUUACAGAAGUGCUCUGUUUGUUAACAGAGUUGUUGAAUGUUAAAAAUAAUGUGAAUUAAAUAAAAAAUAAGGAACAUCCUGGAUCUGUUUCUUCGCUCUUCUUUAUUCUUUUUUUUAUGUAUUAUAGAAGUAUCGGAUCGGGACUCGGUAUCGGUAGAUACUCAAAAUCAAAUGACUCGGACUCGGACUCAAGGGCAAAAAAACCUGAUCGGGACAUCCCUAA